AUGCCUCUUCCGUUCAACAAGAGCCUGGACCUGAAACUUUUGAAGUUGGUCAAGGAUAAUCCGAUCAUUUACAACCCGAAAAAUGCGAAGUACCUGGACUUCGACUCGCGAGAGGUCGUCUGGCAGAAGAUCGGGGACGCGCUCGGCAGGCCCGCGCUCGUCUGCAAGUCCCGGUGGAUAAACAUCCGCGACAUGAUGCGCCGCAAGAUCCGCGACCGGCUGCGGAACCCGAACCACCGCAGCUACAACUACAAGUACGAGGAGGAGCUCGCCUUCAUGCUGCCGUACUUCAAGGAGCCCAACGGCACCGGCGACGAGUUCGCAGACUACCUGGACUCCAGCGCGGAGGGCUGCGAGGUGGAGAUGCCGACGGAGGUGUUCGUCGACGAGACCACGGACUACGAGCGGCACGAUAGAGACCUCAAGCCCAACCUGACCACGCUCCGACGGAAACGGUCCCAGGAGGACCCCGCCCACCUUCACGACGCCCCCUACCAGGACCUGAAUCCGGCGGAUCCGCUCGACGUGUUCCUGAUAACGAUCGGGUCCACCUUGAGGCGCUUCAGCCCAUACCACCUGAACCAGGCGAAGAGCAAGAUCUUCCAGGUGGUCCAGGAUUACGAGCUGCAGCAGAUCAUGGGCAAAGACGACCAGCCGCCCGCGAGCGACACCAACAGA